GAAUAAGGUUUUCAGCUGAGGGAGAGACUAAAGAGAGGUUGGGUCAUUUUGUGCGGUGGAACAACGAGGACGACAAGCAAGCUGCCCUUCAUCUAUAGUCUAGCCUUCUUGUCCGAACACUCGUCUUCUUAAAGUUGUCCCUUGAACCUUGCUUGGUAUCAGUCUUUGAGAAGGUCGUCAGGGCAUGGACUUUUUUCAAAGAACAUGCGCUGAAACUAAUUUUUUUUGCACCUCUACCGGUGCGCGUUUCUGAGCCUGUGGGUCAUCUACUUGUGAGUGCGGUACUUGGUUGUGAAGGCGACGUGGCGUGCGCACAUUGACCGAUGCGGGUCGAUGAGGAGAACACGUACAAAGUAGUCAGAUCAUCGUAAAUCUGUGGGUCGCUGGUGCGCGCUGGCACGACAUUUGCUUCGACACCUGUACUUGAUAUUGGGGGAAACGAAGUUCGCAAUGUCGCAGCAUCCUCGUGCCAUUUCCGGCAACGCGCGCUUUCCUCCGGAUCGUGGUCCCCAAAUCCGUCAUGGGAGAAAUAAUGUCGACGGCAGAGAUAUUACUAUCGAAAAUUUUUUGUCGGCUAAUGCUGUCAUUGGUGUUGCGCUCGUGCUGUUUCUCAGCUGGGCCUUUGCGGGAUGCGCAGGAGGUGCAUCGAGCGACACGGGAGGAGCAGUCUUUUCGAUCUGGCUUACUCCGGAAGCCACCUUCAAUAACGGGCCAGGAGGUCAACGGAGCACCUUAAAAGACAUCGCAGCGCGGACCACGGAGCAGUUCGGCGAGGGCGCAGUGAAUACUUUCCCGUAUAUGACUGCCUCACGCGCGCGCAGUGUAGGAGCACUGGAUGCCGGAGGACCGCCUGGCCGCCUACUGCUUUUAGGAGACAUAUCGUCUGCUACUGCGCCCCAUCUUUUCAGUGCAGAGCGAACUAUAUCCGCAUCACAAGCGCUGAAUUAUGGCUGUUGUAUCUUUGUGGAGCCUUUAUAACUAAGGGGUUAGUAGUUGUUGUAAUUACAGUGGUUAUGGAGCGUCAGCGUGAAACCCUAUUGCACCAUGGUCAUAAGAAUAUAUUUUCUCAACAUGAUCUUACUCCAUCUGUUCUCGUCUCGUUACUACGAGAUGCACGAAGGGACGUAGUCUUCCAAAAAUUGUACCCAUGCUGUGGAAGAUGCUCCCACGACUCUAUGCGGGGGCAGUUUCCACCAAAGCUGGUUGUUGAUGCACAACAAGUGACGAAACGCCGUAGACUGCGUUGCUCUAAUGCCAAAACGUCUUGCAAAGUACAGUCAUGGAUGUGGUCAGCAAUGUGCAGCCUAAAGUAAUGAACCGGCGAACUGAGCGGGGACGCCAUCCGCAGCGGGGACAAAAGUAUGUCUGGUCAUGUGGUGUGUUUAGACGAAAAUCUUCAAUCAGACGAAAAUUCUGUGCGUGGUAGUUUUUAAUCUAUGAUAAGUAAAGGCAAAGCGAAAGGCUUAGGCAAGGAUUUUCCUUUAGCAGCUGUGCUGACAGGUAAGCACGUAGGUACCUAGCUGUAUGGAGCGUACUUACAGCAUACAUUGAUUAAGAGAACCUACAUGAAGCGCCUGUUUCAAAGAGAUCUUCCAACAAUAUAGGACGGGAAAAGACCCCAGUACGUAGAAAAGUACAUUCAUACAAAGGACGCCAGAGAGUACGCACGAGUGCAAUUCAAAGAGGUGGUAGCACUAGAAAGCGGGGCGGCCGCAGUGGGUCUCAUCUUGGCUGAAGUUCCUUUUGUCCAAGACCAGCUGAAGCAAGGACUUCUAGACCGACUGCAGCUCAAUGCCACAGCUCGCGAGGCAGCCUCUCUGCCGCUUUUGCUGUUCUUAUGGCUAGCAGCUUUGGGCGCGUGAAAUUCAUUAAAGUGGCCGUAUGGUUAGCUUUGAGUCGCUGUGGAUUGUUAAACAUGAAGUUGAACUUCAGAAGUUUUUUGAGUGUACUACACGCGCAGGCCAUAUUGUUGUGAGCGUGCCGACAGCAUGGAAUGGAUGAUAGAGCUACAUCAGCCCUUACAAGUAUGUAGCCUUCUAUCAGAAUGAUACAUGUUCUCGCUACCUCUAAUGCUAAGCGGGAACGAGAAUGAUGCACUUGACCGCGGCAGUUGCCUCUCAUUAUUUGCUGGCUCAUCGCACCCUUGGCAGAGAAAGCAACGGGCGCGUGAUUUCGUUCGAAAAGAAUACGUUAUGAUACACUAGGUUGAAGCUGAUACAAUUCCGACUUAAGCGGCACUUGACGGGCACCACUCAACCACUCAAACGAGGCGCUAAGAGCCACGCUAGACUUCACGUAAGUAGUUACCUCCGUUACCACUUAAGCAAUUGCUUUUCCGCUACGUGCCACGCUAGGCGUCGCUUGUAACUGGUGAUUGCUUCUAACCCGAAGAAACAUGAUAGUGCACUUUCCGAAAUCGACUGCACUUCUCUAAGACUUGUCCGCAGUUGCUUGGACCAGAAUUUUCGCUUACAAAUGCCGAGCUCUGGGUACUUCAAGAUGGAACGUGGAAAGAGCUAGACAGCAUUGCACUACCCUGAGUCUGAGACUCCAAGUACGCUCGGAAAUGCUGCACACAUCAAAACAUGGUGACUCCAUUCUUCGUCGUAUUUCGACAAGAACAUGACCUGCGCUCUACUAGUUCUUGCUUCAAUCAUAGAAGAAAUGCAAAUGGAGCUUGAACGACUUGAGCGGAUGUGCUUGCCUUGAGUAUGCGCAUAUGUGCC